UUGAGUUGGGAACAGUGGUAAAGGACCCUCUGGUAAAUGUCUAAUUACCUCUUGCUGUCUAAAUCAAAGCCAUAGAACCCAAGAAAACAGAUCAUAUUGGCCUUUUUUCCUGAAGGUAAGCACUUUUCCUUUAUCUUCAAAAUAAAGGGUAUCAGACAAUUUCCCCAAUGUUUAUGCGCCUGAAUGGGAGUGAGAGAAUUUGCUAGGAAAGUUCCUCAUAAUUACUUGAAUUUGAAUUUAGGAAAUGAGAGUUUCCCAAAUAUUGCUUUAUAAAAGGAUCACUGGGCAAUAACCUAGCCAUGCAAAAUGCAAAGAAGUGAGAGAGAAGAGAAAGGAAGAGUCAAAGUGUAAGAGUGAAAACAUGAUGGAGAUCGAGGAAGUAAACAACUAUGAGGCAUUGCCACUUCUCUCAUUGAAUCAUGUCUCAUUGUUGUGUAGAUCAGUUUGGGAUUCUGUGCUGUUCUACGAAGAAGUCUUGGGCUUUGUUGUCAUCAAACGCCCUUCUUCUUUCAAGUUCAAUGGAGCUUGGUUGUAUAAUUAUGGAAUUGGGAUACACUUAAUUGAGAAUCCAUCAAUUGAUGAGUUUGACACUAUUGUUGAACCACGUCCAAUUAAUCCUAAGGAUAAUCACAUAUCCUUCCAGUGUACAGAUGUUGGCCUUGUAAAGAGGAGGCUGCAAAACAUGGGACUGAAGUAUGUCACAGCUGUGGUUGAAGAUGAGGGGAACAGAGUUGAUCAGGUGUUCUUCCAUGACCCAGAUGGGUACAUGAUUGAGCUCUGCAACUGUGAGAACAUUCCAAUCCUUCCCCUCUCUUCGACCUCAUUCAAGCCAAGGCUAAGCAGUUUCAACAAGGCUGCACCAGCUAAAUGUGGAUUCAUGGAAAAUGCUAUGAUGGAGAGCUUGAGCAUGGAGAUGAUGAACAUUUCAUUUUGAAUUGCACAAAAAAAAAUGGGAAAAUGUGGACACCAUGAUCAAAAGGAAGAGGAGGAAAAAAAAAAUGGAGACCACAGGAUCAUAGAAACCUUGG